AGGCUGAGAGAGGGAGAAGGUGAAAGCCAGCCCACAUGUAAGGGAGAAAGGAGCAGAUUUGGAAAAUAGAGGAGGGGAAAAAAAGACAGCCAAAGAGAAACCCAGCCCAGCAAACGGUUUCCUGUUGCCACCUUCUAAGACGUUUAGAUUCCUUCAGACCCUUGAAAGAGCCUGAAGUUUUCUCAGCUCCACCGCCUUGUCCCUGAGGCUUCACAGCAAGAUGCGGGCUUGGGUCUUCUUCCUCCUCUGCCUUGCGGGCAAGGCCCUGGCAACACAGCAGGAAGCACUGCCAGAAGAGAUGGAAGUCAUAGAGGAUUCCGCAACAGAGGAGCCUGUGGGAAUCAACCCAGUUCAGGUGGAGGUUGGCGAGUUUGAUGAGCCUGCUGUGGAUGUGGAGGAGAUCGUGUCCGAAAACCCCUGCCAGAACCAUCACUGCAAGCACGGCAAAGUCUGUGAAGUAGAUGAAAACAACACCCCGAUGUGUGUGUGCCAAGAUCCUUCCAGCUGCCCAGCCAGCACUGCAGUGUUUGAGAAGGUAUGUGGCACUGACAACAAGACCUAUGACACUUCCUGCCACUUCUUUGCUACCAAAUGCACUUUGGAAGGAACCAAGAAGGGACACAAGCUCCACCUGGACUACAUUGGACCUUGCAAAUUCAUCCCUGAAUGCCUUGAUGCCGAACUGAGUGAAUUCCCCCUGCGCAUGCGUGACUGGCUGAAGAACGUGCUGGUCACCCUGUACGAGCGUGACGAAAACAACAACCUGUUGACUGAGAAGCAGAAGCUCAAGGUGAAGAAGAUCCAUGAGAAUGAGAAGCGCUUGGAAGCUGGUGACCACACAGUGGAACUGCUGGCCCGUGACUUCGAGAAGAACUACAACAUGUACAUCUUCCCUGUGCACUGGCAAUUUGGUCAGCUCGACCAGCACCCCAUUGAUGGGUACCUGUCCCACACUGAGCUGGCCCCACUGAGAGCCCCCCUCAUCCCCAUGGAGCACUGCACCACUCGCUUCUUCGACACAUGCGAUCUAGACAACGACAAGUACAUCGCUCUUGAGGAAUGGGCCAGAUGCUUUGGCAUUAAGGAGAAGGAUAUUGACAAGGAUCUUGUGAUCUAAAUUCAUCAGCUUCUUCAUCCGUUACCUACAGCUCAAAGUUUUCUUUCAUUUUUUAACAAUUUAAGGGUUUUUUUUUUGUUGUUUUACCAGGGACAAGGUGCUAAUAUAGAUCUAAUCUUAUAUAUUAACGGUGCUAAAAAAAGAGAGACAGAAAAUUGAUAGUAGCCUAAUCUAUGCCACUAGAUUACUCCGCUCACACCUCAUCGUGUGUGUUUCUGCUGACUUUUUGAUUCGGUAGUAUCAGUACAGUGAAAAAUUGUACUUCUGUUCAAAGUAAUCUACCCCUUCUGACCCCUUCUUUUUCUAUCUUAAAAAAAAAACUCAAUAAAUUUGGAGCUAUUGAAUUCUCAGGCAAAGGAACACCAGACUAAGCUCCCCAUUUUCUAGAAGGCAAGUAAAGGAAGGUGUACCAAAAAAAAGGGUGUUGGGAGACGGCUUUACAAAGUCACAUGGUGCAAUUGUUUUAAGAAAGUUUAGGAGACCUGGAUUCUGCUCACUAGUAGGAGGAGAGAGCAAUGGGAGAGGCCUGCAAAGUAGGAACGGUGACAACAAACAGUUAUUGAUUGUAACAAUAAUUGGACACAGACUCACACAAAAGUGACAAAAACAGAGAGGAAUUGUAUGGAAAAAUAAGUCUCAUUACUCCCCCACACCUUUAAAAAUAAAAAGUUAAAACUGC